UCUUACAGAAUCCAAUCAUGUCUCCUUUUCUAUCUGAUUUGAUCCCCGACAUACUUUGUCGGUUUCCGGUGAAGACGCUCCUCCGCUUCAAAUGUGUAGCCAAGACAUGGCGUUCCCUCAUCGACGACCCGCAUUUCACUAAACUCCAUCUCCAGCAUUCCUUGAGAAAUGGCACCAACGUCAAGCUCUUCCUUGAUAAUUGUAUCGAAUGCGAUGACAAGGCUUAUGCAGUGGACUUCGACUCUCUCGACAACUUGGUCCGAUUCCCUCGCCCUUUCGUGGCAGAAAUCACCAAAUACCGUUCAAGAAUAAUUGGUUCUUGUAACGGUUUACUCGCCGUUUACCACCGUGAAUCCGGCAUUGCUCUGUGGAAUCCAUCAACCGGAAAAUGCCGGUAUCUGCCGCCGUUGGACGACGACAUAGCCAACGAUCAUGAUGCCUUACCUGGACAUCACUAUGAUAAGAACACCGUGCUUGGAUUCGGGUACGACGAAAUAAGCAACGACUACAAGGUGGUGAAAAUGCUGAGAUCCAAGACACAAAAUUCCUUCAAAGUCAUGGUCUACAGUCUUAAAGCUGAUUCCUGGAAGAGAAUCGACGACUGCCCUUACGAUUUCCCGACGAAUUACAACGACGGCGCGUACGUAAACAAUGCACUUCAUUGGGUAGGCGAUGAAAUAGACGAAUUCCACAGAGGACAAGUGAUCUUCGCUCUCGAUCUCGCCACUGAGAAAUACUAUGAUGUUCCUGAAGGCGACAGAAGAAUAAAAAAUAAAGAAUGUAGCGGCGUUUUUUGUUGUGAGCAUUUUGGAUACAUGAAUGCUGGGGUGCUUGGGGGAUGUUUAUGUGUUUCUCGAGAUUACUCGAAUUGUCCGGUAAGGGAUUAUAUAUAUGUAUGGGUAAUGAAAGAGUAUGGAGUGAAAGAGUCGUGGACCAAACAGCUUUACCUGUCUCGAGAUGAAUGGCUGACCAACAUUUUUCAUAGUAGAGCCGUGGGGUACUCGAAGAAUGGCGAUAAAGUGUUAAUCGAUGAUGGCUGUCGGCAACCUGCAUGGUUCAAUCUGGAGGAUGAAACAGGAGAGACGCUGAGUAUUGCAGGUGCACCCCGAUUUGUUUCCACUGUGAUUUAUGUCGAAAGCCUCGUCUCUGUUUGAUAAUUAGCUACUUUGGUUCGAUUGGAAAUAAAGAUUAAGGUAAUAUGUUUGUUA